CUAAGGUACGUUUGUUCAUUCAGCCCUCUAGAUGGGCAAUUCCAAUGAACGGAUACUUGACAACAACGGUCCCUGUGAAUCUCGUGGGUUGCAACUCCGCCGAACCCGCUGAAGGCAGCGUGGAGGCAAAAUGAUGCAUCAUUUACAGUAGCAGCGCCGCUGAGGGCCAAGGGGGCCAUCAAUGGCGUUUCUCUUAAAUUGCCUUUCUUGUCGUCAGCCUGAAAGCUCUGACGGUAACUCUGCGGCGAAAGGGUCGGAAACUGGUGCCAGAGUCCGUGGCGUGAGAGAUUGCGCUCCGACAUUGUCCCCCGUGGCUCCGGAUUUCGUACUUUCCGGGCCCAGCGUUGCAAACGGAGCUACAGUUUCCAUCAAGAAUGUGUUAUCGGCUUAUAACUCGGCACAAGGAGCGGCAUCCGGCUCAGCGCCCGAGAUGCUGCCACAACAAGGGACACCGACACCACGGGCCCACGCCGCGGCGGACCAGGAUCGGUCUGGGGCUGUGGAGCGCGUGUCACCCAUGCAGAUGGAACACGUAGAUGACAACCAUAAUGGCGCAGCCAGUUACAGCAUGCCCGUGUGCCCCGUCAGACCCGGUUUAGUCAUCCAGACGGCGGCGCACCUCCUCCGCAGCUUUUCCAUCGAGGGAUCGAUGGAUGCUGGCGCGACCUUGGGCGCCCCGACCGCCGGGGCAGACACGCCAAGGAGUUCGCACAGCAGCGCACUUACCAUGGCGGUAAUACGCACGGUGAUACUGGAGCCUGCCAAUGGUGGCUCCAACGAGACGCCGUCCGCUGAGCAACCCCAGCAACAGCAGCAGGCGCAGUCGGCCGCGGCAGGCGGGGCCGGCAGCGACAGGCGGGGCGACGACGCCCGCAUUGCUGAUGUGGGUCAGCCAGACAACACACCUGGCCUGUGCAGUUUCAGCGAAGCAGCCACCGACGCACUGGCCGGCGGUGCGUUGGACACGACCGGCGGCAUCACUGCUGCCGCAGAAACCGCGACAGCUGCUACAGCUCCACCAGCGGCUGGGGCUGUAGCGGCUGUGGGAGCAAUGCGCAUGAACAGCCAAGCGCAGAGGCCCAUGCGUGUGCGUGGCGGGCAUGCAAGCGUUGAUGGCGCAGGUGGCGAGUCGGAGUUUGUUGCUGCGGGCGUGUGCGCAGCAGCAGACCUGGCGUGUGCACUGAACACGGAGGACCUGACAGUGGAUAUCCAGCGCAGCGCGGCCUUGCUGCUGCAGCACCCGCCCGCUGGCGCCAGCACGACCAUGCGUGGCGGUGGCAAUGCCGCCAGCGCCGGCUGUGAGGCAAAUGCUGAGGCAAGCGCUGCUGUCGGCAUGCAAGGCCAGCAAGCAGCAUCGCCACCGCAGCCGGUGCAGCCGCCGCCUGCGCAUCCGCCGCCGCGACAGCAGCAGCAGCAACCACAUCAGCAGUGUCAGCGCCAGCCUUGUAGGCCGGUGGCAGUGGUGGCGGACGGCGCUCUGUCGCCCUUGGCGGCUGCGGCGCUGCAGCCGCACAGCAGUAAUGCUGCUUCCGGUACUGCUUCUGAUCGGCUGCCUGGCUGCAGCGCGGCUGCUGCGCUGGCCGCAGCGGUGCCGACGUUGCCAGUCGGCAGUGCACACGGGGACGCCACGGACACAACGCCAAACCACAGCCCACAAGCCCACGCGACUGCUGGGUUGCCGCAGUACUACCUCGGGAGCGGCGGCGCUUACGGGGGCGCUGGCUUUACCGGCGACCAGCGGCAGGCGGUGGGCCGCCUCAUGAACCUGGCGCAGGUCCGGGGCGUCGUGACCGACCUCCGCGUGCUUCACAUCCGGCCCGGGGCCGCGCUGCUGCUAGGCCGCGCCCCAUCUUCCGAUGCGACGUUCGUGGCCCGCUUUGAGCGAGGUCUGCCUGAGCAGCUGCUGUCCCAGAAGCUGUUGCUGCAGGCGGCAGCGGCGACGCACGCUGAGGCUGGAUGCGCGCUGCCCCGUCACCCCAACGUGGCCACGCUAGAGCAGGUCCACGUGAUUGCGCUGCCUGCGCAUGUGUUGGAUGCACCUCCCCCAGCAGCAGAGGCCGCUCCCCAGCCGCCCUCCUCUACUUCCUGUUUCCUCGCGCAAGUGCCGCCUGCGCGUUCGCCCGCCGGCGCCGCCAGCGUGCUCGCCUCCGUAUGCACUGGCAGGUUGAUGCCGGUCGCAGCCCUCGCAGCCUUCGGCUCCGCCGCACCGCCGCCGGCCGACACCCGGACCACAGGCGGCCCGGCGCCCCUGACCCCCACGUCCAUCUCGGGCACGCGCCAUCACGCCCUUGCAAGCGCUGCGCACGCCAGCAAUAGUGGCAGGGGCGGCACCAUUGGCGGAAGCACCGCCGGUGGUCUGCUGCUCUCCUGUUCCGCGUCCCAUCCUCAGUCACAUGUCAUGCAGAGGCUGGCCAGCACUGGCGGGUACGCGUACGCGACAGCCAGCUCGGCCGCCAUCGCGGCCACGGCCGCGUCUGACGCGCUCCUGGCCACAGCUAUGAGCAUUGCGCUGGAAGCUGCCGACGACGCCUGGGGUCUGGACCCGGACGCGAUGCUGGCGACUCGCGCACUGCAGCAGGCGGAGGCGGUGCGCGGCGCCCCCGCCGGAGUCCCCAACUCGCGCAGCCUCGCGCGCUUCCGGGUGGGGUCCCUGCUGAGCUGUGCUAGCUUUGCUGCCGCGGGACCCGCGGCAGUCGGCAGCGGUGCCGCUGCUCCGCGUUCACAUGAGGCGCAGCUUGGCUCUGCUGCGAUAGCUGCUGGCGGCGUGCUUCGCGACGCCACCGGUGGCGCCUCCUCGGGCCAGCACCGCAGCAGUGACGACGGGGUUGCUGGAGGCGGCGAGGACGGAAGCUCGGGGGCCCUGAGUGGCGGCGACGGUCACCACACGGUUACCGGCGGCCGGCUGCGUGACUUGCUGCGGGGACCCACAAUGCGCCUGCCAGCCGUCGUGGAUGCACUGCGCGCCAGCGACAACCGCAGCGCCCACGCGUUACCCCUCGCGGGCGCUGCUGCGUCUGCAUUCCUGGCCUCAGCAGCGACAUCCCUCCAGUCGGCGCCGCCGCCUGCAGUGGCGUCUUGCGGAGUGCCCAUGGACUCGUACCCGCCUCAGCAGUCGCAAACGCGACUCCAUGCCAUGGCAGGCCCGGGCGGCGCCGCGCCUGCUGCGGCCUCGCCGCCAGCAGGCGCACCAGACCCACUGGCGGCACCGCCUACGCCUGCGCCACAGCAGCAACAGCAACAGCGUCUCCAGAUCGGCUUUGUAACGCUGACGCUCACAGAGCUGUGUGACGGCGGCACACUCCAGGAAGAGGCUAAGCGCGGUGCCUACCAGUGCUCACUUGCGGGCCUGUCGGACGCCUGCUCUCCGCCGGGCGUAGGAAUGGCCCCGGGCAGACCAGCAGCCGCGAGUGCCGGCGUGUGGGGUGGCGGUGGUGGCGGCGGCGGCGGCGGCUGCAAAGUGUCACUGGAUCCAGAGAGGGUGUUCAGCAACGCUCAGCUCGCGGCGCGGCUGGAUAAGUUCUUGCUGACGGCGACGGAGGUGGCGCGGGGACUGCAGCACCUGCACGAGUCGUUGGGUGUGCCGCACGGCGACCUUGCCCCACGCAACGUGCUGCUGCACCGCUGCGCGCCGGCAGCGGCGGCCACUGGAUCCAAGCGCAGGCGGCCCGGGCCAGGCGGAGUGACGGGUGUGGCAGCUGCCAGCAGCGACCGGGAGUCGGCGGCCGCUGGUGAAGCCGCAGCGGCGACCGAGGCCUGCCUGACUGACACACGUGGCUAUGUGGCGAAGCUCGUGGGGUACGGUCGUCUCACAACGGCUGCCGCCACGGCGGUGGUGGAGCCCGCGCCGCCCGCAGCAGCAGGCAGCACUUCACACCUACGGAUGGCGUCAGCAGAGGACACCCUGGACGGCGGCUCGUCGCCCGCCGCGCCCUACAUUGCGGCUCUGCAGGGCCCUCCUUCGGGAGCUGCUGCCGCGGGAAUGGCUGCCAGCAGCGCCCCUGCAGCGGCUGCCGGCAGCGGCGCAGGCUGGCUCGCGUUACCGGGCGCGUCGCCCAUGGGCCGUGGCGGUAGAACCCGCGCGCAGACCGUCUCUCUGGCCGCAGUCGUGGCUGUCGGCCGGGCGGAGGGCGCCGCCGGACCUGCUGCUGAGUCGGCUGCACAUGUUGGCCUCCUAAGCGCCAACCUGUUGACCGGCAGCCCUGGCGCCGCUGCUGGCAGCUUCGCCGGCUGGAGCGGCAGCGUGCGCGCCCUGCCCAGCUGCCUUCAGCUGCCUGGCGCUAGCGGCAGUGCUGUCAUCGGCACCGGUGGCGGAAGUGCCACCGGAAUCGGACCGCCGCCGCCAGCGCCAGCAGCAGCAGCAGCAGCCGCGGGCGGCCACCCCAGCGGCUACCUGUUGCACUCGGCCACCUCCAUCACUCGGCUACAGCAGGUGCAGGUGGGGCUGUGGCGCGACGUGCACUGCCUGGCGCCGGAGCGGCUGACGGACCCGACCAGCCCGCCGUCCACCGCGGCCGAUGUGUACGCCCUGGGAGCGAUCAUGCACGAGAUGGCCUACGGCGAGGCGCCCUGGGCCGGCAUGAGCGCUGUAUGUGUGGCUGUGGGCGCGGCCACCGGAGACAUGCGCAUCACGUGCACGCAGCCCCUGGCGCUGGCCUGCAUCACCGAACUCAUUGAGCGCUGCACCUCGCCGGAGCCUAAAGAGCGGCCGUGCCUGGCGGAGGUGCUGGUGGCGCUGACGGCGGCGACGGAGCAGGCGGCGGCAGCGCGGGAUCUAGUGGUGUUGCAGCGGCAGGAGCGCGAGACGCGGCGGCUGGAGGCACUGCUAAUGGACUCAUCUUCUUCAGUGGCAAGUGACGACUGGUGAACGAAAUGGCGAUGGAAGCAAAGGUAGUAUAUGUGCAGCAUGCGAUUAAAGCUGUCCAUGGAUGGGGAUAGGUGCAAUAAGAGUUGAAGAGAAACUGACGCCCGUACCUGCACGGCCAGCGAAUCUUGCUCGCAUCUGGAACACUUCUUCUACAAGUGCCCCAUAACAUAUGCAUGGGCCGUCAUGUGAUUACCGUAUGUGAGUGCUCAUGUUACGGGAUGUGUUUUAAUCAUGUAUUAUAUAUAAAUGCAUGUGCAGCGCAUGUUACGCAGCCAGCUGUCAGGAGGGCAUUGCCGUUUCUUGUAUGGGAAUGAAAGGGCCUGAGGGUGAGCACAGAACGGGGGAAAACAUCCGCUCCGCUGGAAGCGGUUGCUGGCGCGGGCUGGCGUGAGGUAGGCAUCAAGCCUAGCCUAGCCCUGCGCUGCGCUGCUUUUUCAGGGUCCCAGCGAUCCGUAUGUUCGUGUUUACAUAAUGAGGGAGGAACAAAGCUGACAAAGAACGGAUGCACUUGGAUUGACAGCGGUGGCUUCGCACAACCUGCUGGUAUGGAUGAGUGCUGGCCGCGCGAGGGCGUUUGUUUUGAAGCUCGUGCUCGGUGCUGCAUGUACAUCGAGGGCUGCUGGCCAAGCAUACAUGGUGCUGACCAGCUGGCUGCCCGCCGCAGUAAUUCGCAGCAAUGGAAUGUUGGGUCUGGGUCUGGUAGGGUCAAUCACGACAUUGUUGACACUUGACAGGAUAGGGCUAUUCAGCGGUUGCUAUGAACAACGCAUGCAAGAAAGCAUGGAUUGAAAUGUUGCGGCAAUUGAAAUGUUGCAGCAAUGCAUGCACACUUUGGAUCAAUAAAUAAUAGAACCCCCACCCUUGAAACACACGCACACGCGCCCUGCGAAGGGGUCUCUCCUAUUCUGUUCUUGGAAAGCGCUGUUUUCGCGGGCACUUACUUCAUCUCAAUGUCCAGUUGCAUACUCGCACCAACCCAGCCACCAUCCGUCCGCAAACUUGGGCUUUGUUGUGCGUGUGCGUGCCGUUCAGGUUCGAUUUUGUGGCGUGAUGAGAGCUGCCUCGCCUGGUUAGUGCACGUGCUUGAGUGCUGUGCUUCAGUAGGGUGUGGCUGACUUGCUAGCACUCAACGCGUGGCAAGUAAGCACGGAGCAGUUCUUGGUCCUGAAUUGCGUUUUGAGGAUGCUUCCUGAGGCCCGCUUCGCCCUGGCGGAUCCGUGGGUUACCUCAGUAGUUGUGCUUCAGCCAUUCCUGGAUUGCUGAGGAGGGUGGGCUUGCAUCAGCGCAGCCACCCCUGCGCGCAGUCCCAGAACACUGCGUGCGUGCCGCCGCAUAAGCUUGAAUGUUGAUGAGGCCUGUAUCGCACAGGUUUGAAAGGGCUAGCUUAGUAUGUGAGAAACAGCAUAAACGGCAACGCUACUGUUGUCUGAUCUUAAUGUACUGUCUGAAUGGAGGUCGAGACCCUAGUAAUGUCACAUAUGCCUACGAGCGCAUUGCAUGUGCCAGGGGGGGUCGGCGUGGGGGGUCGGGUUGUGUGGCGCCCGCCUAAUGGGUGCGGAUGGCCCCCCGUCUAAACAGUAUGCUUUGUUGGUCGCCUACGGCUUCUGCGCGCCAUGCGCCGUGGCAAGGACUUGUGCGUACACGACAUUGGGUUCGGCUUGGAUGGACAUAUACCUUGGAUGCCUUCGGACAUUUGGCACUGCUUGCUUCAUGAAUCGUAUGGGGCUGUAAUCUUGUACACCGUGGAGCUAGCUAGCCGCGGUGCCUUAUUAUUGUCGGCGGCCCGGUUUGUUUGGCCCCGCCACAUACUGGCAUUGCAGGGGAAGGCCCUUUUCCAUUGUGUCCUGUAUUCUGGCUGCAAGUGUGCUUACAUGGUGUCCUAGGUCUUAUCGCUUGAGGUUGCGUGCACGUGGCGAUGGUGUCGCGCAAGCGCGGUUAUACAUGGUGACGUGCGGAGUAUGCGGAGGGUCCGACACCACGUCAAGGUCAGGUCACGCCCAUAAUGCGUCCGUCUCUAGGCACAACAAAUAAUAACUGCGUACGGAGGCGGGCAGGAUGCUUUGGAGUCGCCGGCUGCUGCCGUACUUAUCUACCGCUCGUCAUGUUCGGGUGGGCUUCUGGGUGGCCUGUAAUCUGGAAUUCCU